AUGGAUGAUGCCGCAGUGCUCAAAAAAAGAGGCUACAUCAUGGCAGGGAAUUUAGGAGAAGGGUCUUAUGCAAAGGUGAAAUCGGCCUACUCUGAACGCCUGAAAUUUGACGUAGCAGUAAAAAUCAUUGACCGGAAGAAGGCUCCUCACGAUUUCUUGGAAAGAUUUCUUCCAAGAGAAAUCGAUAUCUUGGCCAAAGUGAAUCACCGAGCCAUCGUCAAAACCUACGAGAUCUUUGAGACAUCUGACGGCAAAGUUUAUAUCGUGAUGGAACUCGGAGUCCAAGGCGACUUGCUGGAAUUUAUCAAGGGCAAAGGCGCGAUGCCAGAAGAAAUAGCCCGCAAGAUGUUUCGUCAACUGUGCUCUGCUAUUAAGUACUGCCAUGACGCGGACAUUGUCCACCGGGACUUGAAGUGUGAAAACCUCCUCCUAGACAAAGAUUUUCACAUCAAGCUUUCAGAUUUUGGCUUCUCCAGACGAUUGGCUCAUGACGAAGAUGGUAAAGUUGUCUACAGCAAAACCUUCUGUGGCUCCGCUGCUUACGCAGCUCCGGAAGUUCUGCAAGGCAUCCCCUAUGAUCCCAAAAUUUAUGAUAUGUGGAGUCUCGGCGUAAUUCUGUACAUAAUGGUGUGUGGCUCCAUGCCUUACGAUGACUCAAAUAUCAGAAAAAUGCUCAGGUUGCAGAAGGAGCACCGAGUGCAUUUUCCCAAGUCCAAAAACCUAACCACGGACUGCAAAGAUCUCAUUUAUCGCCUUCUGCAACCUGACGUGACCCGGCGGCUGCGCAUCGAAGACGUUCUGAGCCACGUUUGGAUGCAGGCCAACAAAUCCAGAGGGGUUUCGACAACUACUGUCGGAAGGAACGGAGAGUGCUCCCGGACUGUGUGCGCACUCAAGUCAGACCACAAACCAGAACUGGAUCCAAAACACCCGUCUGAGGUCAAACCGGCGGCAAGGUUGGAAGCAGUGGCAGAAACAGAGGAAAGGGCCCAGGAAAUCAGGCAAGAACCCAUUGAGGAGGAAGUGACUCACGUGGAGAACGCAGAAGUCUAA